GUUAUCCAUGCAUACUACACUACAUUCACACAACACAAAGACUUAAAUAUAGAACUUGGUAUUCCCACAUUACGAAAAAUGUUUAGUCAGACCUAUACCCGUACCAGGUAGGGAGUGGUACUGUGUAACAGUCCAACGGAUCAUUGCUUGAAUAUCCUACUCAUCUAACGGAUUACACGCUGUGUUUCAAACCAUCUUCAUCUGUCAUAACUCAACUUUCAUGUGUGAAGUUUUACGUCGAAUAAGUUAGCUCUGCAGCCUUGGUAACACUAUCAUUAUUCGGUCUUUCACUGAAUCACAAAUCCGGAAAAAGCUACAUUUUCUACCAUCUUUCACCAUGCACUAUUGAAGUCUGACCUGGUUUUGGUAAUUUCUGCAGUCUGGACUACGUGAAACACCACCAGGUCCUUGAUCCAUCAUGGCGGCAUUCACAGAUAACACAACAGAUUUGACAACCACAACUUCUGAAGGAGAAUCUGGAUUAACAACUGGGCAAAUUAUAGGCAUCGUCUUUGGUUGUAUCAGCACAGUUGGUGUCUUCUUUGGAAUAUUGGGUUUUCUGUGUGCUCACAAAGACAGAAGAGACAAUCAAAGACGUCUUAAAGAGGAUCAAAGACGUCUUCAGCAAGAAGAUGUACUACUGUUAACUCGACCAACAGAGGGAACAUCAGGCCCUGACAAAGUUCAAGUUGUUGCAUCAAAAGUCAACGAGGCGGUGAAGAAAGUGUACAAAUCUACAGGUAGCUAUGUACAGAUUCUCCCAUGGGUUGAUGAUCAUCAGAUGCACAUAAUGGACAUCUACACUAAGCUAUGUUUAGUUAAACAAGUUGACAUGAGGGGGAAGCCUCGAAAAGAGGAUAAUAACAUGGAAGAAGAGGACCAAAUCUGCAGCUUUUUGUCAAGGAAUUUUUAUGGAGAGAUGCAGCCUGAGACAAGGGAGGGUAAUCCUAAUAAAAGUAAGAUGAAAUCGUAUGAAGACAUUUUCAAAUUUCAGACACACCAUGAGGAAAUUCCAAUCAAACGUAUCGUUAUAAGCGGAUCAGCAGGAAUUGGCAAGACAACCCUAAUUGACAAAAUUGCUUAUGAUUGGGCAAUGGGUAACAGUGAGACACCCAAUAAGUUCAAACUUGUUUUUGCUUUAAAAAUGGGCUCAUUGCAACAAAGUAGCAACUUAGAAGAUGCCAUCUUUGAAAAGCUUCUUGCAAAAGACUCUAUAGAUGAAUCUUCUUUGAAAGAGUUUAUUGACAAGAACCAAGACAAAGUAUUGAUUCUCUUGGAUGGAUUUGAUGAAUGUAAAAUCACUUCAACUGACACAUCCUCAUACGGUACGAUUCUCAAAGUUAUUAAUCGAAAGCUGGGCCCAGAAUGUUGGGUAGUUAUUACAUCCCGUCCCCCCCUUGACAAAUUAGUCAACUCGGCAUUGGUUGAAAAUCCCUAUAUUCAUGUGAGAAUUGAGGGGUUUUCAGGUACAGAUAUAAACGAAUAUGUGAACAAAUUCUUCCCUGGGGAUCAUGACAAGGCUAGCAAGCUUAUAGAGCGGAUUAAACUCUCAGAUACCUUGUCUGAUUUGGCAAUGAGUCCCAUGCUACUGCUGCUGAUGUGUUUGCUGAUGGGGAGCACAGAGAACACCAUCCCAGACACAAUGACACGACUGUAUAACAAAGCACUGAAAUACAUAUUCAAAAGAAAAACAAGAGACAUCAAAGACGCUGAAAUAUCUAAGAUUUUGAUUUCUAUUGGAAAGGUUGCUCUAGGUAGUCUCCUUUCUAAAGAUCAGUCGUUUGCCUUCAGAAAAGGGGACUUUGAAAAGACUGCGUUAGAUGCAGCACUGAAUGCAGGUGUCCUCACUAGUGAGAGGGUCAUCGAUGGGCUUGAUACCUAUCAAAGAAUGUCUUUUAUGCACCACACAUUUCUGGAGUAUUGUGCAGCGAUGUACUGGCAAAGCUUGAUAAACACUGAGGAAUUUGACAGAAUCCUUGAUCAGACGAUAGAGUCAACUGAGCGCGACACAUUUGGAGAUCCUUGGUCUUCUCGUCUAUCUCGUUAUGAGUAUCUGUUCAGAUUUUGUUGUGGAGACAAUGUGGCAUGUACAAAUCAGAUUUUAAAGAAGAUUCAUGGAGACAGAGAUUCGCAACUUGUUGUUAUUUGCUAUUUCGAGAGUCAGUCAAAGGAACUUCCACCAAGGUCAGUUAUCAGCUCAAUUCUGACUGAUGAUAUUCACAUUUUUGAGUGGAGUAAUGAUAUUACAAACGCAUACUUUCAUUUUCUGAAGCAAGUGGCAGCCCUCAGCAGAGGAAAUGAUUACUUCACAGAGGUUAAGAGAUUUGGUUUCAGUCAUUCUAACUUUCAGAGGUUUGGUACAGAUUUAGCAAAAUUGCUAAAGUUAAUGACCAAUUUGCAAUCUCUUAAUCUGUAUAGCAAACCAAGUGCUGCCAAUACUAGUCAAAUCCUACCAUCAUUGGCAACUCCAUCAACAUUGACUGAGCUAGACCUCCACAGCAAUGCAGCCUUGGGUGGCUCUGUGUCAUUGCUUGCUCCUCAAUUAAUGAAAUUGAAUUGUCUCACGAAUCUGUCCUUGCAGGGUUGCUCACUGGAAGCUCAAGAUGUGUCAGCCCUUGCAAAGUCAUUGGGUAACACUCUGGUUAAUCUAGAUGUACCACGUAAUGAAACACUGGGUGGCUGUGCAUCCAUUUGGGGUCCUGAACUGGGGAAAAUGGAAUGCCUUGUAUUUAUUAACUUGGAAAGAUGCUCACUGCUAGGUACAGAUAUUGAGCCCAUUGCUGUGACACUGAGUGGUGUGUCUACUCUGAUUUGGCUUGGUCUGUCACAGAAUCAAGACUUGGGUGGUUGUGCAGAGAUGUGGGCUCUUCAUUUGAAGGGAAUGAUACACCUUGAGGGCGUGGACUUGGGAUUCUGCAAAUUGAAAAAUAAAGAUGUUGAACCCAUUGCUAUGGCACUGAGUGACAUUCAAACUCUGGUUUAUCUGAACCUCAAGGGUAAUGAGGCAUUGGGUGGCUAUGCAUCAUCCUGGGCUCUGCAUUUAAAGAGAAUGAACCACCUGGAUGAACUGAUAUUGACAUUGUGCAAUCUGAAACGGGGUGAUAUAGAGCCCAUUGCUGAGUCAGUGAGUGACCUGAUUCAUCUGAACUUUAACUGUAAUCUAGCAUUGGGUGGCUGUGCAUCGUUGUGGGCUAUGCAUUUGAAGAGAAUGAACCACGUGGAGCACCUGUCAUUGGCAGGAUGCAAUCUGACAGAUGUUGAUAUGGAGCCCAUUGCUGAUUCAGUGAGUGGCAUGCCUAAUCUGAAUCAUCUAGAUCUCUCAUUGAAUGAUCCAUUGACUGGCUGUGCAUCAUCCUGGGCUCAGCAUUUGAAGAGAAUGAACCACGUGGAGCAACUGUCAUUGGCACGGUGCAAUCUGACAGAUGUUGAUAUGAAGCCCAUUGCUGAGGCAGUGAGUGAGAUGUCUAAUCUGAAUCAUCUAGAUCUCGUAUUGAAUGAUCCAUUGACUGGCUGUGCAUCAUCCUGGGCUCAGCAUUUGAAGCUGAUGACCAAACACCUCAAGAAGCUCAAACUAUAUAGGUUGACAGAUGAGGAUAAGGAGUACAUUAAUGCAUUAACUGAUUUGAAUUUGACCAUAUUGGUUUUCACAGUACCUUUAUGGCUCAUACCAACACAAAGAUUUAGAACACUUCCAACAUUUUAGACAAAGCCUUGAACUGUAGACUCCUCAUUUGUCAUAAAUGAAACUUAUUCUGAUUUACUCACAGAUGUGAAUCUGUCAUGUCAUUGAGUCUGUGAUUUCCCUGCACAACUGUGUACUUCCUUUAUUUGAGGUAAAUGAAGCUGACCAUGUUUAUUGGAGACUCAUAGAUGGAAAUAAAAAUUACUCCCAAACCAAUGUCUUAUGCCUUGAAGUCUUUGGUUGUCUCUUGGGCAAUUCCAUUGUUACGGACAUUACAUUUCAGACAGUUUUCAGAAGUUCAAGAGCUCAGAAAACACAUCUGCCAAAUGUUUAUCUAAAAUCUUCCCUUACCACAACAUAGUAGUCCCUAUGGAGAGCAUACACUGUGAAUUUCAGUAUGCCUUAUUUAUUUAUUAGAUAUCACUCACUAUGCUGCUGUUACGGACAUUACAUUUUUGGACAUGACAUUUGACUACCCUUUAUAUUUGUACAAAAGUCUGUGAGUUUUUGGUUCCCAUCAAUGUAUUUUUGGUACCAAUCAAUUAGAGAUUGUGUAAAAGAUGUACAGGUACAUUUGACAAAAUUUGUCGUAAUUUGAGUCUCUAGAGCACAAAACAUGACGGCGUUUUGGAGCGUUUUGGACAGUACACUUUUGCCCCCUUUGUAGCUGAAAAAGUGUUGAAAUGAUGCAAUUUCUUCACUUCAAUUAUAGACUGGCUUCAUAAUUGAGUUUCAGUUUUAAGUGGAAUUUCCCUCUUUCAGCAUCAUCUAUGUCCAAUAAAACUAAGUAAUUGACAUGAUUGACGUAUCAAUUACAGCCCCCAAAACGAAAUAGGCCAUUUGCGAGAAAGAUUUCAAUAAUAUCUGGUAUAAUGACUCGCUUAGUUACAGUGCACCGUUUACAUUUUAAUUCAAGUCAAAUCAGCCACAAUUCAGACCCUAGCAUCUUAAAUGCAAUUGAAGCUUAAAAGGAAAUGACAUUAUUGGAUUAUGGAAGAGUAGACUUUAUCCCAUCCUCUAGUUCUAAAGGAACAGUUCAGUGAAAACAAUGCCAUAAGUCUUUACAGAAUCGCAGUCACAGUUUGCUUUGGGUUUUCAAGUUGUGUCUAAAUGUUAAUCAUUCCAAUAUUUUGACUUAUUCAAAUCAAUGCUAACGUCAGUACAUCAUAGCAUAAUGUAAUUGGGUCAUUCAAGGCAUCAGUGAUUGUACCUUACCCAUUUCAGCUGACAUCAAAAUGAUUACUUCAGGUUUUAUACACAAGAAGUAUAUUCUUCAAAGUUCACUAAAGAUCAUCUCAUUAGUUCAAACAGAACACAAUGCCUGCUUUGUAUUGUAUUCAUUGUCUGUAAUCAUUAUGAGAAGUUGACUUAGCCAAAUCAAUGUUAAUGCCAGUACAUCACAGCCAGUACAUCACAGCGUAGUGUCUUUCAGUUUGUAUCAGUAGUAGUACCUUAUUAAUUGACCCAAGUGAUGAAGACAAUGGGGAGGAAGAAGUCAAGUAUGACAUCAUUGCAAGGGCCAAGUCACAUGAGAUAAACUUACAGUCAACCAACUCUAUGCAAUCUCCAAAAAAAUAAGUAAGACACUGUGACAGAAAUGUGUCUAAUUGAGCUACCGAAGUGUUCAUAUCGCCUAUUUUGGACAAUGCCCUCAUGUAAUGUACAUUCUAAUCUGUCCACUGUUCUACCUUCACGUCAGGCAAUUUACAGUUCCUUUAGUUUGUUUGUCAAACCAUGAAUGAGGGGCACAUUAAUGCUUCAUUUUUUAUAUAGUUUUGUAUCAUACACCACUGAAAUAUUGGAAUAGUAUAUUUUUGUAUUGAGCUGAUCCAACUCCUAAAUAGCAGCAAGAUAUGGACAAGCAUCAUGACACAAUGGGAUAUGGAUCAUUAUCUAUGGUCAAUGAUGCUUCAUAAAACAAAUAAGAAACAGGCACAAAUUGUACAUAGCUCACCGUGGAAGAAAAUUUCAAGUCUAAGACUGUAAGGUUACAAUUGUCAUCGAUUUUGAUAUUGAGAAAAGGCUGUACUUCUCAAGAUACGCUCUUGCCAGUUAUGUUAAUUCAUACUACAAUCAGUGUAAUAUUUCCUCAUGGCACCAAUCCUUUGAAUCAAAGUGCCUUUGGUUAUCAGGACUGUCUCCACUAUCAAUGUGUUCAAGAAGACCCAUAUCUUUUUAACAAUGAUAUUCUGUAAACAUUUCCUUGGCAACUUUUCAACGUUUCUGUGACUUUUUAUUAUUCUGCUCUUUUUACCAAAAUUUUUGUUUUUACAUGGAUGGUCACCCUCUUCUCUUUUUAAUAUAUUUUUGAUGUGCGAUGUGUCUUUUAUAACUUGUACUUUUAUCAUUGUAAAUUGGUUGCUAUACAUUAGAUUGUUGGUUUUGUACAAAUGCUUCAUUCAUCAAGAUAUAUUACACAUUACAUGUAUGUAAAUGGAAUGAAUAUUUACAUGAAUUAAUUAGUAUUUUCAUUUGUGUGAAUUUGAAUCUGUAUUUAUGGAAUUAUUAUCCAUAAAUCAUCUCUUAAAAGGGGAAAAAAUAUCGUUCACAUUGUUUGAUAAUAAAAACAUUAAACAAAAUGAGUAUUUCUGAUGCGCCAUUCCAUCUUAACAAGAUGCUCCAUAGAAAAUAUGGAAAUUUCAAUUUUAACAAAAAAGGAAAGUGUCACUUGGAUGUAUUUAUAAAAAUAAAUAUUGAACCAACUUUGUUAAUGGGCCUGGGUCUGCAAAAAUGGCCCUUGUAUGUCACAACAAUGUAUGUUUGAGCCUCUAAGAAGAUAGAAAGGCCAUAUUCUAAGCUUUAAUUUGUUGGAUGUUGGAACUCUUUGCAUUUUGGAGAUAUACCCAACUUUGUGAACAAAUUUACCAUUUUGUUUUAAAUAGGAGAACAAACCAUGUGCAGUUUACCGAGAUAUUGAAGAUGAUUAAAGUCAAAGCUUGUCUGAAUAUCUUGCUGCUGGACUACCAAUCUAAACCUUUCAUCAAGUGUUGUCUUCAAACUUUGUGUAAUUUAUUUUUAAUGUAAACAAUUUGUCUUGAAAUAUUUCCUAUUAACAAACCAGUUCAAAUGGUGUGCAUAACAUUAGUAAGAUUGGAAAUAUUAAUGUUCACAGAUUUACACAUACCGUGCGUGGUAUAAUGAUGGUUACGGUAGAAAACUCCCCCUGAAUAAUUUUUGCAUAAAAUGAAACAGUUUUUGGGAACUGAAUAAAACGAUUAGUUUAGAUCUCAAGCCCAAAAUCUGAUAUUUGAAAACAGUGAAAACAUUUCAUAGGAUUUAUCACUGUUUUCUCAUGACUCUGUGGUCAUUCACAGGUUUGUUAUUUCAUGCAUACCUAUAUGUGCAUGUUUAGCGUGCUUAUAUUUAUUUAUUAAUUAACCUACUAUAUGUUUCAUUGAGUAUGGACAAACAUAAAUUGAAACGUUUAACUUCAUCAGUAAACUAGUAAUCCAAUUCAAAUAUUUUUGGUUCAAUCAACUUUUCGAGAGAAAAAAUAAAUAAAUACAAAUAAACAUA